CUCUCGUCUCGACUUUCGCACUGCCGCACUUCACUUUCUGCAAUUUACCUCCGAAGAUGGGACCGAAGCCACAGAGCAAACCCCCGCCGAGUGGGGGAAAAAAGCCGCUACGGGGCAUCCAGAAGACCGAGGAUAUGCUCAAGUACAACCAGCAUGCGAAGCGGCGCGGACAGGGGAAGGAGCGGGCCGUCCUCAAGGGCCUGCACGAUCUCGUUAAAGCGUCCAAGAACCUCCCCGGGUCGCUAUCUGUCGAACGCUUCUCUGAGACACGCGCGCUGGAGAUCGCCGCACUGCAGAAUGCCAUCAAGGUCGCUGCUGCACAGAGCUCGUCGCGCGCCUUCCAGUCUCUUCCACGGCACCUGCGCCGUCGCGCAGCGAGCCACAACCCACGGCGUGUGCCUAAGCGUCUGCGGAGCCGCGCUGCCGCCGAGAUCGACGCCGGGGACAUGACAGUCAAGAUGCACCGGAAGAAGGCGAAGCUGCGCGCGCGCGGCGACCUCCGCGGCCGCAGCCGCACGAUGCAGUUGCGUGCUCGGCAAGUGAACAAACGAUGGCUCGGCUCCCACAUCUUCCAUGCCAAGCGCUCCCACAUGGCCAACGUUUGGGGGUACCGCCUGGGCAUGACGCCGACGCUCAAGAGCUUCCGGGCGUCGUAUCGCGCUGCGCGCCGGCGUGCCAUUUUGCAAGACACCAGCUUCUUGGGCGUAGUGGAACUGCAGGGCCCGCGAAGUCAAAUCGUAGCCCUGCUCUCCAAGAUCUCGGCGGGCGCGUUCGCCGGAAGCCGGUACGAGGAUGGGACGCGGGUUGCGCACAUCGCCGCAUAUCACUCCGGCACUUUCCCUCUAGGCCUCAUCGGCCCGAUGGAGGUGCUGUGGCAGCCGUGUGAAGACCAGAACCGCACGGUCUGGUUGCGCGUACACCCCUCGAUAUUCGAAGAGGUGUGGGAGACCGUCAUGACCGCGAUCUCCGUGUACCCGGAGGAGCUUGGGGCUCUGCUUGUACACGACUUGCGAGACUCGCUUGAGUCGUUCGAAAUCACAGGGCCGUUGGCGGGUCAAGUGAUUAGUCGCUCUCUGCAGCUCUGCAACUCCGAGUCAGCAGACAAGAAGCGCGCGCUUGCAUCUCUCCUGCACGGCGACCCGGCUGAGUGCCCCGAUGGGAUGGUUGUCGGCUUCAAGGUGUAUGAUCCUCGCUUGGCAUAUCCUCCAGCCCGUGUACAGGAGGCGCCUACCCCGAUCCAAGCGCCAUGGGAGACACUUCAGACUCAGGAUGGAGUCUCGACGGAGCUCUGGGACGCUGAGGUGCGCUCUCGGCUCUCCAAGCCGCGAUGGAAGAAAUCCGACCUCGACGCUCGCCGGCACCAGCAAGAGGUCCCAGGGACCCGCCUCUCCGCCUCCGUAAACGACGACAGAGUUCCCGUGAUUCUAAUGAAGAGCUCGGUGCAGAGUAAGACCCCUGGGCAAGAGAACGCGGGCUUUCACGGUUGGACGCUUCUUAUCCCCCACGGCUGGUCCAUGGCGUUCUUGUCAUCGUUCAUCUAUUGCAAUGCUCGGCUCGGAGGCAUCAUCGAGCGCCGCAACAGGUGCCGAGAGGCCGGGGUUCCAUCAUUCCCGGAGCACUACUCAAAUGUCUGCCACGCUUCGGACGCGUGGGAAAUGGAGAGGUCGCAGGAGGAUCAAGUUCGUUGGCUGCGCAAACCGCCUGGAAAGCGUCCUGAGUUCUCGGUGUUGGGUACGCGCUGGCCAUUCCGACCCGUUUGGAGCGAGGUGCUUACGAUUGAGGCAGGAACGUCCGCUGAGGAAGCCGCCAUCAAUGGAGACGCUGAGUUCCGCACCUGGCUCUUCAACACCGCCCUCGCUCCAUGCAUCUCGACCCUCGUCGAUGCCGAGGACCCCGCUGCGCGCUUGGUGAAAGCUGUAAAUGUCGUUCGCCAGCGUCGUGGUCUGUCUCCGCUCCCGACGUCGACCAAGGACGAGCUCCUCACCACCGCCCUGUGCCAAGUGCAAGUCGAGAUGAUCGGGCGCGGUUCGCCCUCGGACAUGGCCACGAUCAGCGAGCUCGACGCGGCAGAGCGGACGACCUGGCUAGAGUCGUUCGCACACGACCAAGCCACCGGAUUCCAUCAAGAAGGCGCCAGCGAAAUGCUGAAGCUGGGCGAGAAACGCAGCGACAAGGGCGUCAUCGGUUUCGUGACGACCGGUAACAUCUCGCUUACUCGUGGCGAAGGCCAUGCGCUCGGCAUGAUUUCGCUCGCGGGUUAUCUUCGCCUUUUGGCUGCUGCGCGCCAAUCGACCCAGCCGGAGCUUGCGGUGGUCACUGUCAAGAAUCGCGAUGGGCAUGUCUCGCGCCUUGCCUCGGUCACCUUGGUCCAGUAGUCGUCUAGUACCGUGGAUCAUUCUCCCAAUUGGCGUGGUGCGGAGCUUGCAGUUUAGUUCAUCCUCGCCGAUCUCCUUGGACCUGUCCUUUUAAUAAGUGCGUUAUGAUACAGUAUUCCGGAUUUUCUCUGCAAGGCGCAUGGAGGGUCACAGAUGUCG